AUGAGAAUGCCCAGAAGAGGCUUAAUAAUUCAAGCCAGGACUCGUUGGCUAUUAGUGGGCCUUGCUUUACUAUUCAGUUUAGUCUUGCUCAUGUACUUGCUGGAGUGUGCUCCACAAACGGAUGUUAAUGGAUCUCUGCCUGGUGUUGUAGGCGAAAACAUGGGUAAAGAAUACUAUCAAGCUCUCUUGCAGGAACAAGAAGAGCACUAUCAAAACCGAGCUACCAGUCUGAAACGUCAGAUUGCCCAGUUAAAGCAAGAGCUUCAGGAAAUGAGUGAUAAAUUGAAAUCCCUACAGGAAAAAAAGACCCCCAGGGUCAAUGGUGUGAACUACCAGGGCACCAAAGAACAAGCAUCCAAUGAUCUUCUAGAGUUUCUUCAUUCCCAGAUUGACAAAGCUGAGGUGAGCGUGGGGGCCAAACUGCCUAGUGAAUAUGGCGUCAUUCCUUUUGAAAGCUUUACAUCCAUGAAAGUAUUCCAGUUGGAGAUGGGGCUUACUCGGCAUCCAGAAGAGAAACCUGUUAGAAAGGAUAAACGAGACGAAUUGGUGGAAGUUAUUGAGGCUGGCCUAGAAGUUAUCAAUAAUCCAGAUGAAGAAGAUGGACAAGAUGAAGAUGAUGGAGUAGGAGAGAGGCAGCUGUAUAGUGAAAAUGAUUUCAUAGAAGGUUACUAUCGUACAGAAAGAGAUAAGGGGACACAGUAUGAGCUGUUUUAUAAGAAGAUGGAUGGCAUGGAAUACAGGCAUGUCACCUUGUUCCGACCUUUUGGACCCCUCAUGAAAGUGAAGAGUGAAACGGUCGAUAUUUCUAGAUCAAUCAUUAACAUUAUUGUUCCUCUUGCUGGAAGAACUGAGGCAUUUGCACAAUUUAUGCAAAACUUUAGGGAUGUGUGUAUUCAUCAGGAUAAGCGUGUUCACCUCACAGUGGUGUAUUUUGGACAAGAUGGUCUAUCAGAAGUAAAAAGCAUCCUAGAUUCCGUAGCCAGAGAAACUAAUUUCCACAAUUACACGCUCGUCUCUCUGAAUGAGGAAUUUAACCGAGGCCGGGGACUUGACAUGGGUGCCAGAGCCUGGGAAAAGGGCGAGGUCCUGAUGUUCUUCUGUGAUGUUGAUGUUUAUUUCACAGCCGAGUUCCUCAACAGUUGUCGCUUAAAUGCUGAGCCUGGGAGAAAGGUGUUUUAUCCUGUGGUAUUCAGCCUUUAUAAUCCUGCUAUUGUCUAUGCCAACCAAGAUAUACCACCCCCUGUGGAGCAACAACUGGUACACAAGAAGGAUUCUGGUUUCUGGCGGGAUUUUGGCUUUGGGAUGACUUGUCAGUAUCGGACAGACUUUCUGACUGUUGGGGGUUUUGACUUGGAAGUGAAAGGCUGGGGCGGUGAGGAUGUUCAUCUUUACAGAAAGUACUUGCACGGUGACCUUAUUGUGAUCAGAACACCGGUCCCCGGUCUCUUUCACCUCUGGCAUGAGAAACAUUGCGCAGACGAACUCACUCCAGAGCAGUAUCGCAUGUGUAUACAGUCCAAAGCCAUGAACGAGGCCUCUCACUCACACCUUGGGAUGCUGGUCUUCAGGGAGGAGAUCGAGACUCACCUCCGUAAGCAGGCUUACAGGACUAACAGCGAAGCAGUGGGUUAAAUGUCACCCCCAUGACAUUUGAUGACUUCAAAUUCACAGUGAACCAGCAUCAUUUUACAGCCUUAAUUCAGCUUAAAAAUG